CACACACACACACUCACUCACACACACACUUCCCAAAUGCUUUUCUCGGCGUGGAGGCGGAUGAGGGAAUAGUAGCAGCUGCGAAACCAAAAAGAAAUGGGCAAGUUUCAGUCAAAACAUGCAGCUUGCAAACGACGAGAGAAUCCAGAAGGAGACAGCUUUGUGGUCAAUGCCUACCUGAGCCGCCGAGGUUUGGAGGAGUUUGAGCGGCAGCGAGUGGCCGGUGGUGGUGGCGGCGGUGGCGGCGGUGUGGAGCAGCCGAAACUGCGCGGAUACCGACGCUUCUCCACCACAGAGCUGCUGAAUGGAGAACUGAAAGGAGGGCAGUUCCUUGAUGACCAGUGCCCCCUAGAGGUGGUGCUUCCCCCAGAGAAGGCCGAAGGAUGUGAAGGAUUUCCACUGACAUUUAGUCAAGAUGAAGGGGAAAAAUAUUUGAAUAAAGAAGCCAACAGAAAAAAGCGAUUGAAUUUUGAUGAGCUUGAGUGCAACGUGUCGGUAGAAGAGGACAAUCGGCAGGAAUGGACCUUCACCCUUUAUGAUUUUGAUAACAGUGGCAAAGUUACCAAAGAGGACAUGUCCAGCCUGAUGCACACAAUCUACGAAGUUGUAGAUGCUUCAGUAAACCAGUCCGCUACCAACAGCAAGACCCUGAGAGUGAAGCUAACAGUGUCCCCUGAACCCGCCAACAGGAAGAAGGAUGGCUUCUCAGCCAGUCAAGAUCGAGAAAACAAUCGCUGUAAGAGUGAAGCUGAGCACUCAGAGGAGGUGAAGUGUUCGGAUAAAAGACUUUCGGCUCAGAUGAGAAGAUAUAACAGCGACCAGCACAAUUCUAACAUGCGUGAACAUUACUGUGUGGACGAGAACACCGAACGAAGAAACCAUUACUUAGACUUGGCUGGGAUCGAGAACUACACGUCUAAAUUUGGACCAGGUUCUCCGCCACUGCAGACUAGACAAGAACAUCAUGGGAAAAGCUCUCAUUCUCAGAAUAGGUCGCGAUCCCAGGAAUCUGAGACCCACAACGGGCAUCAACGUAGAUCCCAGGUCCUCACGGAUUAUCCCGCUCCAUUUGCCAUUGGGGAUCAGAACGGGACGAGGCUAGUGGAAGCGCAGCCCAGGCUGAAAUGUCAGGAGAAACAGUUUGUGAAGUCUCCCAAAGGAGCGGGGAAAGCUCCGGUCAUCCCAGGCAGUGGAAAUAAGGCAGGGAAAGGUCAUUACAUGCCCGCCCCGACAUCACAGCCCAACCAUGUGGGACACGACCUCUACCACUUCCAACAGCAGCAGCAGCAGCAGCACGGCCAUAAAAAGUACAGGCAACGAACAAAGGAUAACCACUCCCCGCUGAAGGCAACUCACACACAGCCCACCGCACUGGAGCACGAGUACCUGCGGGACCUGCCCCCGGUGAUGUCUGGCGAUGGCUACGUCAUUCCUGUCAUUCAGAGACACGAACAUCACCACCAUCACGAGCACCAUCACCACCACCACUACCACCACUAUCACCAGUCGUGAGGAGCCACAGUCGGUGGCAGUAAGCCACGCGCUCAUCAGAAUGCCUGUACUUUGUUCCGCACUAUCGUGGCCACCAUCACUUCUGAGCUAGCACUCGGAAGGAGCCACCCAUACACACACAUGCGUAAGCACCACACGCACAUAUGCCCACAUAACAUGCGUACACUCCCUGUACACGUACAUUUACACACCACGCACAUGUACCUUUACACACCAUGCGCACAGAUAUUUACACACAAAACUUUGCGCACACAUACAUACGACGUAUAUAUACACCCACACGCCAAGCUUACACGAAACCGGACGGGAACAAACUGGCUCAAUUUUACUCAGCUGAGAAAUGGUUCCAUCAUGUUGCAAUUUUUCUCCCAAAAGAAAUAAUUCAGUAUAAACUGAUAAUGUGUGUGGAUAGAUUUGAAUGUGGAUAUUAAUCACUUUUCUUCUCCCCAAUGUCUGCACGACUUUGGAACUCAGGUGAGAUGUGCAGCUCCUCAGCUGCACAUAUGAACUGUCCUCCACAAAGCACAGGCCAACUUUAUAUUGUUUUUUUAUAUUAUUAUUAUUAAUAAAAUACCCAAGAAAGUUUGAAACACCACUGCCAUUACUCUGCUGCAUAAGAAAUGUACUGUUAUGUAAACAUCAAACUUUAUUACAUGUAUUAGUAACUGAAAGAAUUUUUUAUAUUGGACUGAGUACCUUUCGCUCACGACUUUGUGGUAAUGUGGGUCUAAGCUACAAAAUGAAGCUUUCUUACUGUAAGUCCUCUGCUCGAUCCACAAGCUAUUGGGCAGUUGGCUUCACUUGCUGAAGCAGAUGGCCUGUACAGGGGGCACCUUUAUUGAAGUGUAUUAUGUUAUGAAUUGACGCAUAGAAUAGCCUAAAGCCUGUGAGUAUGUAUUACGCCAUAAGACUGAAUGUAACACUUUGUAACCAAUUUUUAUAAUUUAUUCCUAUAUAUUGAGCAAUUUUUUUAAUUAUAUCCUCUUCUUCAAAUUCUUUCAUUGACACCAACAACAAUAAAGGCACGCUGUCUUCAUGGAAAGUCGCCAAAAAUGUCUGUGGGGAGUGGUGGGGUGGGGAGGAGAGACGGAGAAAGAGAGAGAUGGUAGGAGAAUGUGACAAACUAUUUAAUCAGUGCAUUUCCAAAUAAACUUUGCUGAUGUUUCAUGAAGCCGGUGUCCCUUUAAGAAGCCAGGGUCAUUUUAUUUAGUGAAUACUUGCUGAUAUAGCAGUAGGAACUGGGUCCAACACUCCCUGUUUACUGCUCCACUGUUAAAGGGGUGGCAUUUUCAGCAUGAAGUAUCUUUAAACCACCUCACCUGGUUGCUAAACAGCAUGAGGUGGGGAUGAGUAGACGGGCAAUGAAAUGAUGCCAUUUCCUCUGUCGCUACUAAUUUAUUUGUUUCCUGGUUUUAAUUUUUUCAAAAACGACUAAAAUAUUGGGGAGGGGGAGGGGGGCGCGGGGAAGAGGUGUUGUAAAGUUCACAUUGCAACGGAGUGCGCUUAUGCUUGUACAGCUUAAACCUGCAGAAACAGCAGUUUCCAGAAUUAACUGUUCCAGGAAACGAAUCUGCUAAAACGCCUUCAUUGAGGUGAAAAUGCCCCUUUAAUCGAGCGCAAAUAUAUCAGAUGCCCCUCUCUAUAACCUGCUCCUCAACACAACACACUUGCUUGUAUGGUUCCCAAAGAUCUUGUUGCACACAGAGAGGAUCUGCUGUACUAAAGAGGACUCAUCAAAGCUGUGUAUCGCUGUCUUACAACCAGCCAAUGUGUCCGAAUACCAAAGCAAUAUAUCCUACCUUACUGUAACCGUAUUCUUACAUUCCAAUGUUGUGCGGAUUUCCCCCCCACCUUUUAUUAUGUCGCCAGUAUUCUCCCAGUUAUAUUAUUGUAGCUAACAAAACUAGUGAAUGCCAUAUUGUAGUGAUAUUUUUGUAAAAACAAAGCCUUUCGUAAUAGUUCUACUUUAUUGGAUUUCAUUCUGAGAUUUUUGUAUAGUAUUGUACAUGGACUUAAUUAAAUGUAUUAUUUAUUUAAUACCAA